AUGGCGGUAGUCUGUUUUCGAACGAGUUCUUGUCACUUGUGUACAAAACAAUUUUAUGCUCAUCUCGGGAAAAGCUAAAGUAUUUGUCACUAGUUACUACUAUUUAUUUAUAAUAGCUUGCUAAACUUCUCAAAUUUCAAAAAGGUCUAUGCUUUCAUAUCCUUAGUGCUUAAACAAAAAACUUGAACAAAAUGGUUGAGAAAAAGAUCAUCUCAGAACUUCCACCCAGUACCGUGAAACUGAUAACUGCAACACAAAUAGCGACUUCUGUCUGCAACAUAGUAAAAGAGUUGGUUGAAAAUUCCCUAGAUGCAAGCUCUACUGUUGUAAGAGUUAAACUGGAAAACAGUGGUCUUAGCAAGAUUGAAGUAACAGAUAAUGGGUCAGGAGUUAGUAAAGAAAAUGUUUUGAAGAUGGCUUUGCCUCAUUACACAUCCAAAAUUAGUCAGCAUCAAGAUUUGGAAGCUCUCUCAACUUAUGGAUUUAGAGGUGAAGCAUUAGCUGCCAUUUGUGCUGUAGCCAAAUUGUCGGUUACGACUAAAACGGCUGAAGAUCCAGUAGCCUCGACCUAUACUAUGGACAGUAAUGGUGAUGUGGUGGAUGUGAAACCGUCUCAUUUGAGUCAAGGCACUUUAGUCGUCAUGACGUCACUCUUCUGGAAUAUUCCUGUUCGCAAACAAUAUUAUCAAACUCCAAAAAGAAAAAAAGAUGAGCUGAUUAAAGUUGAAGAACUCCUUCUCAGCUACGGAUUGAUUCAUCCCGAACUCCACCUAAGUCUUCACCACGACCACAGUUUGAUCUGGCAAAAGAAUCGAGCAACCGACUUUACAGCAAACAUUCGUCAAACACUGGGUCACGAAAUUUGUUCUAACAUGGAAUUCAUCAGCGAAUAUGAGCUGAUGCAAAUGGUGUUAGUGGUUCCUAAAAGAACUGCUCCUUUAGAUAUUUGUUUUCGAAAUCGGCCUGAUCGUUGUUUCACCUUCAUCAACCAACGUCCUGUUAUUUCGAAAGACAUUGAAAAGCUGAUGAAAGAGCUUUAUGGAUUCAUUCGGGAUGGUGAUCAAAAGUCGGCAGUUUAUCCAAUAUUCAUCGUUUCGCUACAGUUUCCUGGAGACGAAGUGGAUGUCAAUGUAGAACCCAACAAAACUAAAGUGUUGUUGAAACGGCAAGGUGAUGUCCUCGAGUUAAUAAGAAAACGGGUUUCCGACAUUCUAGGAACAAAUUUGGUUGCCGAGAAGCCAACGGAAGUUAAUUUGCAGACAGCUGAAUGCGAGAACAGCACUUCAGCAGUUAACCCAGACGUGACGGAGGUGCGAAUGGUGGAAGAAACUGUAUUGGAGGAUCAACACAAAAGUCAUACCCAAGCACCUCUUCAUACCCAGUUUGAAACCACUUUUGAUUCACAAAUUGGAUUUCGUCAACUUGAAUCAACCCGAAUUGACUCCGUUGAUGGUUUUCCGGAAGACGAUUGUUUGUUUCGUGGAUUUGACGAACCAUUUCAGGUCCCAGUUGAAAAGGAAAGCUUCGAAACGAAUGAAUCCGCUUCUAAUGAACCUGAAAUCAUAGCGAUUGGCUCUGAUCAGUGGAGCAGGGGACUAGCAACAAAUUCGGAUGGACAAAUUGUUCAUCCGAUACAGGUGCUGAGAGGACAGCCACACUUGGCCAAGCGACUAUCGGAUACUCCAGUUUUAGACAAUCUAGCUAAGAAACCGAAGCUAAUUGAGACGAUGGAAACGUCGAGAAUCGUUGGUUCAUCACCUUCCCUUUUAGAGACUGUGAAUGGAAAAGUUCGAAAAAUUCCAGCAGAUCCAUUUGGUGAAUACUGCAAAGACGUGAGAAACGAAAUUCUUUCUCAAGAUCCAACGAUGAGCUUUACGGAGUUGUCGCAGAAUUUGAAUAACGGAUGGAAAAACCUUGAUAAAAACAGUCGGGAGAAAUACGAAACAAGAGCCGAAACCAACAAGCAACGUUAUAAUGCGAACAAGCUUCGAACGCCAAAAAAAUCUUCUAUGAGCAAUACUUCUUUAGAUCGCUAUUUGCUUGGCUCACAGACACCCGUCAUUCGGACUGAAAGAACUCCAAGCAGAAGUGUAGUUGCAUCUGCCCCACCUCCUAAAAGAACGUCAAGUAGCAUUGACUUUUCCAUGGACAUUUUGAACCAGUCACUCGAAUCUUCCCAAUUGAAGACUAAAGAUCAGUGGUUCUGCUUGAAGAAAAUCGAAAGCGGUAGUUGGCUUUGUUCCAACAGAAAUGACGUCAUGGCCGUCAAUUUCACUCGACUUUACGAGAUGAUACUUUACACUCGACUCGUCAAUGAACACGUCAUUCCGUCGAGGGCUGUUACCAAUCCCAUGUUGAUCGAUAAAAAAACCUUUGGAGACCUUAUGGGCUGGAGAAAACUCCUAAGUUUACCAAGCGAGUGGGAAACUGCUACAACUCGGACUAUCACUGAUUCUCGGGUCGUCGCAAACGGCGUCGGAAUUCGUCUGGGUGUUGACUCUGACGAUGCCGGCGUUGUGGUGUAUCAAGUCCCUGCAAAUGUCCAAAGAUUCGAUUUAAACGACGUUCAAAAUCUCCUACGUCAAGUCACAAAAGACGGCAGUACUGUAGAAAGUUGUCGUCCUGGCCAAAUAAUCAUGUACUUGAAGUCUGAAGCUGCGCGACUUGCUGACGGGCGAUGUACUGAACCGGAGACAAAUGAGGUUUGCGAAUUGCUUGAACAAUGGCUGUCGACUGAUCCCGAAAAUGUUUGCUUACACGGAGAACCUGUCUUCUGGAGUCAUUCCAUCGGGGCUGUGCCAGCUAACAAAGAGAACACAUACUGAAAUGUUUACCAGCAGUACUGUAAUUACCCCAUUUUCUUUCUUUUUUCUUUUUUUUUUCUUUUGGUUAAUAAGAAGUAUGCUAAGUUAUUAUUAUUGUACGGGAUCGAUACAUACAUUACAUAGAGAUACAUACACCAUUGAGAUCUGCAAUCGAUAUUGACGUUCUACUGAAGAGGAGAGAGGUAUAAUUCUUUUAUGUUAGAGUCGUUUAUUCAACACA